UGAUGUGAAUGUAACCAUAUAAUAAAAUGUUUUCUUACAACUACGUCCAUUCGGGUUAAUAUGGAAAUGCAUCAUUUAAUCAAGCUAGCAGGUCCAGCUGAUCAACAAGCUGUAUGGCAGGAGAGAUAUAUACACAUAUAUACAAGAUCAUCUGGAUUAACACGCCGUUAUUUGGACUGAUUUUAUGCUAUAAUCUUCAUAUUAACAGAUUCGCCAUGAUCAUCCUAGUUAAAAAUUGGUUAUAACGUUAAAAAGAAAUCACGAAUAUAGCCAACGUCAUAGUUUCUACAUCACACAGGCUGCUGUAGCUGCGUUAGCUAUUUGUAAGGAUAUAGCUCAUGUUCACCAAAUACUAGCUGGUUAGUACAGUUUUGACAACACGACAGUCUGUCAACAAACAUGUUAGACCACGAUUGUUGGUGUGAUACCAGUGCUAUCUCGCAACAGCGUCCUGAUCUGCUAGCAUGUAGUUUCUGGUGUGUUGUUAGCUCUCGCUAGCUCCUCGCGCAGGAGGUUGAACAACAUUCAUGUUUAUUAAUGUAUCGCUAACAUGUCGUUUACUCUAAAGGCAUUCGCCAUCCGUUUGAGUACUUUGACAAGAAAAAAAAUGUUUAUUUGCACCUGAAUCUACCAUCUGGUUCACGCACGUUACUGAGUUCUUGAAGUAAAUGUAGAAAGUAUCGCGGAAUACCGCACGCGUCAGAUAUGCGUGUAAACACGAUCACGUGACUAGCCACGUGUAAUUGCCAUGGUUAUGAGGACUUGCCAAACGCUUAAAACGUUAACAAAUAUUCUGAGAUGUCUUAGAGGCUGUUUGGUUUACUUUUAUUCAGUGUCUGGCAAAGAAUAUGUCAGGAAUAAACAAAAACAAACAUACACAACUGCUUGAGGUUUCAUGAUUUUUGUUUACCUUGUUUCUACACCCUGUACAUGCACAGAACCUUCACUGACCAGGGAUUAUUUUGGACCAUUCUCAGCACCACAAUCAUACAAGCAUAGCUCCCUGUGUGUGUGUGUGUGUGUGUGUGUGUGGCACUAGUAUGAGUAUAUUAGUCACAGCAGUGUUGCUCCGAUUGUUCAGAUGUCAGUGCCUUUCCUGAGAAUAGUCUACUGACCAUUGAUGAUUUGGAGAAUGUAGGGAGCAGAAGCUUGCCAAGCUCACUUGUUGAGCUACUAGCUGGGUUGGUUUUGGAUAUAACGAGCCGAAUGUGUACAUCUCUAACUGGGACAUACAAGGCUAAUCAUCAUGCUGCAAAGGAACUGAGUGAGCAAGGCCAACUGAUGUUUAAGGUAGCUUCUGCGCACUCUGAGUCAAAAAGAGAGUAUAAGCUGAAGGGCUAGGUUCGCUCAGUCUGUGCCAAUGCAGCAGCACAGCCGGCAGCCCGACCUAGUGGAAGGAAGACUUCCAGUGUUUGUGUUCCCCACCGAGCUGUUUUUUUAUGCAGAUGAGCAGGCCUCACACAAGCAGGUGCUUACCCUCUACAACCCAUAUGAGUUUGCACUCAAGUUCAAAGUUCUGUGCACCGCACCAAACAAGUAUGCAGUAGUGGAUGCCACCGGUGCCGUGAAACCACAAUGCUGUGUAGACAUAGUGAUCCGGCACCGAGACGUGCGGGCCUGCCACUAUGGCGUGAUCGAUAAGUUCCGGCUGCAGGUGUCUGAGCAGAGCCAGAGGAAAGCUCUGGGCCGGAAGGAAGUGAUGGCCACACUGCUGCCCUCAGCAGCUCAGGAGCAGCCACAAAGCCGGCCGCAGGAGGAGGAGCGCAGGAUGAAGGAGCAGCUCACUGAUAGCUUGUUCUUUGAGCAGACCGCAUUCCAGACAGAGAGUCGGGCAGCAUCAGGGGGGCCCAGCCUGCUAACCGUCCUGUUGGGUCUUGUGUGUAUGGCUGCCCUUAUGCUCCCUACACUGGGAGAGCAGGAAUCCACAGUGCCUGUCUACCUCCACUUAAGUGUUAAUAAGAAACUAGUAGCUGCUUACGUGUUAGGUCUUCUUACAAUGGUUAUUCUCCGCACAUGAAGUGCCAGUGUCUGAUGACUUUGUACAGAGAGGAACGGAAGUAAAAGAGCAGAAAUAGACAUUUGCACAACCAGAAGAAUCGUGAAAAAGGGUUGAGCCCAUGAGAUAGAAAAGCCACCCAUUUAACAGGAACUAACUGCUUAAAUGACAUUAUAAACAUGUACGUCCAAUGAAGAUGCAAACAUCACGGGGCAAGGGAGGGAUGUACUCUAAGUGCACACCCAGAAACACUGACUGAGCUGGUGACUGAGCCAUGCUGACUAUCAGGGAUGGUGGGAAAGGUUUGUGUGCAUAACCAAGAGGAAUAUGUUCAAUUAAACAUGUUUUACUUCA